CCGAGUCAACCCCCGUUAGGGCAUAAUCUGAAAUUACCCGCUCCCGCUUUUCCCCUGCCUUCACUUUGGUCUUCAGUUCUCAUCUCAAUAUUCCCAUUGAUGGUCUUCUUCGUCAACAACGAUGGAUUCAAUAGUGUCAGCAGCUCUAACAGAGAUAUGUUCACAAGGCAUUAAUGGAAUUUUCCUCAAAGAUUUAUGGCCAACACUAGAAGAUACUGUAUCUUCAUCUGGUCUUAGUCUAUGUGAGAGUGUGAAGACCACAAUUUAUGAUCGACUUGUUAAAACACCUGGUCUUGAAUUCAAAGCAUCUUCCACUAAUACUAAGAAAGCAUCAUCAUCAUCAUCUACUUCUGAUUCUUCAUUUCGAAAAACUUGUUCUUUUGGAGAAGCUGAGAAAUUAGGGUUGAGAAUUGUUGCUGCUGAGCAUCUUAGAGAUAGUUUUGUUGGUCUUUAUGAUCUUAAAGCUGCCGAUGCUGGUAUUUCUGCUCCUCAAAGACGUGCGCUUGAAAGACUUGCUCGUGCUAGAAGUGCUGGAGUAACACAAAGUCAACUUGCUAAGGAAUUUGGCAUGAAAGGAAAUAACAUUUUCUAUGUAGUGAGGAACUUAGAAUGCCAGGGGUUGGUUGUUAGGCAAUCAACUACGGUAAGGACAAAAGAAUCUGUAGUGGAGGGAGAAAGUGUCUCAAAUAACACUUCCAUUGUCCACACCAACUUGAUUCAUUUAUAUCGUUAUGCAAAGCAUUUAAGUUCUCAACAAAAACUCGAGAUCAUGAAAGGAGAUGCAAUGGAGAGUCCAAAGCCUGCGGAAGGAAGUACUUCAAAUGAGGAUGCCACUGUAGGAGAUCAUGCCAAAGAAGAUGUUCUUGUAAUGGAUUUUCUACCAGCCUUGGAAGCUGUCUGUGAUAAACUUGAAGUAGCCGAUGGGAAGGUACUGGUUGUCUCAGAUAUUAAACAGGCUCUUGGUUAUCGGAAGACUCCCGGACAUAGAGCUUGGAGAAAUAUCUGCAACCGAUUGAAAGAUGCUGGUCUUGUCGAAGAGUUCAAUGCAGAAGUGAACAGGAAGAUUGUCAGCUGUAUGCGGUUAUUGAAAAGUUUUAAUUCCAAGCAAUUUGAGCCAAAACAUGCUAUAGGCGGAGCUGAUGAUUUUAACUCAGACCAACAACUAAAAUGUGGAAAUAGAGGCCAAGUCAGCGCACAGAUUUUUGAGCUUCCGAUCGAGCAUCAAAUAUAUGAUAUGAUUGCUGCCGAAGGAACAAAGGGUAUAACGGUUAAUGAGAUCUUGAAGCGACUUGGGCUUAGUAAUAAGAAAUAUUAUACUCGUCUUCUCAACAUGUUCUCAAGGUUUGGGUGUCACCUGCAAUCCGAGAGCCACAAUAGGUCCAUGCUCUAUCGAGUUUGGACAUCUGGAAACUUCACUGGUAGUUCCUUGUCCACUCUCCCUAGUAAACCGACAGAUGUUGUCAAUGUAGUUGAGCCAUCCUCGCAAAGCAAAAAGGAUCUGGAUCUUCAUGAUAAGUCAGAUGAGGACAUGCUGCAGUUGGAUUCUUUGACCACCAACGAUGAGUCAGCCCUUGAGAAAGUGGAAAGUGAACAAAAAGGAAGAGAAGCUUUCUGUAGCCCUGUUGCAAAAACUGAGAAUAAACAGAUGAUUAUCAGUGGAAGUCAUCCGCAUGAUUUAGCUAGUUUGAGUGGGAAUGCAGAACUUGAUUUAGUGCAAAAUGAGUUAAGUAUUGUUCCAUCAGAAACACCUCCUUCCUCAAACCAUUCCAAGGCUCGAUCAUAUCAAAAAUACCCGUGUCUUAUGCUGACCCCUACUAGUUCCCAGAGGGAGCAAAGGCUACUCGAACGGAUCCAGGAGGAAAAGUUCAUUCUAUCAGUCGAGCUUUAUAAGUGGCUGGAGAGCCUUGAGAAGGACAAACCCACAACUCUGGCUAAGAAAACCGUGACACGUGCUUUAAAUAAACUUCAGAAUGAAGGGCACUGCAAAUGCAUUCAUGUAAGUGUUCCUGUUGUUACUAAUUGUGGUCGUAGCCGAACGACAGAGGUGGUAUUGCACAAGUCUGUUCAAUUAACUCCUGAACUUUUGGGUCAAGUUCAUGAAAGAUUAAGAUCUUUUGACAUGUUAAGUCGUGGCCAAGGCUUAGCUCGUAUAAAGAAUGAAAAAUCAGUUCCUGUACUGACUGGUAUUAAUAGGAUUAUCAGCAAUGAUAUGUCAGACUCCCAAGCUGUUAAAGCUGAAGCAAUGCGUUCUAAUGGGUUUGUUCUUGCAAAAAUGGUUCGCGCUAAGUUGCUACACAACUUUCUGUGGAGUUAUUUAAGUUGUUCAUCUGAUUGGGAUGAUGCUUUGUCCUCUGGGAGACAUGGUUAUGACCUGAAGAACCCUCAUAGCACUUGCAAAUUGUUUGCACUGGAUUUGGCUAUAAAGGCAAUGCCACUCGAGCUUUUUCUUCAAGUUGUUGGAUCCGCACUAAAGUUUGAGGAUAUGAUUGAGAGUUGCAAACGUGGUCUGUGUCUCUCUGAUCUUCCUGUGCAGGAUUACAAGUCUUUGAUGGACACUCGGGCUACUGGACGACUCUCAUGGAUUGUUGAUGUAUUACGACGACUCAAGCUGAUUCGGUUAGUGACUGAUGGACAAAUAGAAGAUGCUCUGCUUACCACUCUUACCUAUGCGAUGGAGCUUAAACCUUAUAUUGAGGAGCCCUCGUCAAGACUUCCACUAUCUCUAGGUGUCAAUUCUUCUGAUCUUCGACCAAGGAUCAGACAUGACUUUAUCCUAUCAAGUAAGGAAGCUGUGGAUAUAUAUUGGAAAACUUUGGAGUAUUGUUACGCCACUGCUGAUCCUUCUGCUGCAGUGCAUGCUUUCCCUGGUUCUGCUGUACAUGAGGUAACCUGUCAUAUUUUUACGCUGAAGUCAUUGAUUUUCCUAAACUUUCGCACCUUAAAGUUGCUUAAUGUUUACCUUUCCUUUCCUUCAAAUUUCUGUGCUGUUGCGUGCCUAGCUUCUGUAAAGAAGUGCAGCACAGCAUGA